UUUAUUUAAGAGUAUGAGAAUAAAGGAGACUGAAUACAAAUGCACACCACACUCUUCAGACAUAAUUUCUCAAGAAAAAAGUGAAAACCAUGUAUCAUUUUCCUUCCCCUUUACAAUUAUGAACUACUGUGUUUUGGUCCAUUACACAAAAUCCCAAUAAAAUACACUAAAGCAUUUGGUUGAAACAUGAAAAAAUGUUUCAGCCAUAUUCACCAACAGAUCAAGAAGUAUUAAAUUUUAAGGCACAUUAUACAAGUCCUGUAUGCAAAGAAAUAUACAACCAACUAACAGAAUCUGAUUUCUGCAACUAACUGUAGUUGGUUCAUAACUAAAUUUAGCAAAACUGUUGGUGUUUUCCAUUAUUUUAAUCAAUUUGAUAAUCAAGUCCAAACUUUGGAAGCACCAGAGCAGCCAUUAGCGCUGAGAGCUACAGAUAAAAAUAAGCUUGUCUUCACAAUGAGCUUAGAUGGGAUAUAAAAGAACUUCCAGCAAAUUUUAAGGACCUAUAAGCUGCAUCAGAGGUAGUCUGUUAUGACUCUAUAAACAGUCUCACAGUUAAAUUCCUAAGGCAUAUGUAGUGCUCAAACAAAAUCCACCCUUUUCCCAGUAGCAGUAGGAGGUCCAGUAUGUUUGGCUCUUUGUUACGUCUGCUAAAAACCAAUAUGAUCUUCUUUGUCUGGUUUAUAUCCAAGAUAAGUGAUUUUUUUUCCCAAUGUGGCACAACAUUUCCUACCAGUUCCUCCUAUCCAACCAGAAAGUAUUUCCUGGUUCUGCCACACUUUACGUUUCAUUAUCAAUAACAUACAUGUUUUAAAAGUAAUGGUAGUUAAAUUGGUUAUUCCAAACAACUUGCUUUGGCAAGGUUGUGCAAUGUUUAAAACAUUAACAUCCACCCUUACGUACAUCAUACACCCAAUUUUUUCGGAACACCGAGUUCUCCAUAGUUUCAGCGGAAAUUAAAAUUAUGGCUUUUCAGAUUUUUCUGAGCAGAACCCUCCAUCCUUAUAGAUUUUGCCCACAAGGUGGGGCUACAUCUAUAACUGGAAAAGGAUGGAGUUAAAUUGGAAGAACAGACCUUACGCAGUGAUUUCAUGAUUUCGUGGAUCAUUUCACAGUAUUUGGUAAACAGAAGCUUGAAUUGAAUUGUUAUGUUGGUAUUUAUUAUAUAUACCUAAGUUACAUCUUUUUUUCUAGGUAGAUAAUACAUUUAAGCAGUAAUUUUGUUUUGUUUUUACAUGUUUUGCUACCAUUAUUAAGGGUAUCAAAUUUGUGGAGAUCAUUCAGGAAAUGUUUUUCAGUUUUCAAACAUAACAAUUUAUACAAAUUAAUAGAGUCGGUCUGAACUAAAAAAAAAAAAAAAAGGAAUCACAGAAGAAGAAGAAAUAGUUGUAUGUGGUCCUAAAACUUUCUUGUCUUAAAAAUGUGGGCAUCUGGGUGGCGUUGCGGUGGGAGGAACAUUCAGCAACAACGCUGAGACUCCAUGGAGGGUGCGGCAGGAUGAUGCUUCCUCCUCCAAACAGCCCUGCCUCCCAGCGGAUCCACUGUGCCAUGCGCAUCGCUCCGGCAGCCAGUGUUGUGCAUGUGGGGCCCCUUAAAGAGAAGCGCCGAGCAGACGGCACCGACUUUCUCCAUUGUAGAGUCACCGAAAUGAGGAACAGCGCCAACCCGGCACAAUGCGCUCCAGGCUCCCAGGGACCGCCUGCCUAUUGCGAACCAUUGGACUCUGCAUCCUUCUCUCGAACACUGCAGCUUACUUUGGGCUGACAGGCCGAGAGCCAUUGGUGCUUUUACCAGGUCCAUUUUCUAAUGAAGCUCCAACGGGGAAGGCCCACCUGAAGCAGUGCGAGCAGAUGAGUCUGACCAGGCGGCAGAAGAGGAUGUGCCGCAGGGAGCCCGGUUUGGCCGAGACGCUCUGGGAAUCGGUGCGCCUCGGCCAGCUGGAGUGUCGCUAUCAGUUCAGGAACGAGCGCUGGAACUGCACCCUGGAUGGCCGAGGGAGCCUCCUGAAAAGAGCAUUUAAGGAGACCGCCUUUCUGCUGGCUGUAUCCUCCGCUGCACUGACCCAGGCGCUCGCCAAGGCUUGUAGCUCAGGCCGGAUGGAGAGGUGCACGUGUGACGACUCCCCCGGGAUCCAGCACAGAGAAGCGUGGCAGUGGGGGGUCUGCGGAGACAACCUGAAAUACAGCACCAAGUUCCUCAAGAAGUUCCUCGGCCAAAAGAGGGUCAGCAAAGACCUGAGGGCGCAGGUCGAUGCCCACAACAUCAACGUUGGAAUUCGGGCAGUGAAGAGUGGGCUGAAAACAACCUGCAAGUGUCAUGGGGUCUCUGGCUCGUGUGCGGUACAGACUUGCUGGAAGCAGCUGUCCCCUUUCCAUGACACUGGGCGGCUGCUAAAGUACAGAUAUGACAAUUCCAUAAGAGUGUUGAGCGUCACCAACGCAGCCACAGGAGAGACUGAGCUCGCAGGCCUUAGACGCCAUGGCCAAAACCCACGCAAUACCGACUUGGUCUACCUGGAGGACUCCCCUAGCUUUUGCAGGCCUUCCCGCUACUCGCCAGGCACAGGUGGCAGGUCGUGCACCAAGGACACGAGCUGUCAGAGUCUGUGCUGUGGACGCGGCUAUAACACGGCCAUGCACUUCACCAGCCUUUCCUGCCACUGCCAGGUACGCUGGUGCUGCCAUGUGGAGUGCCAAACAUGCGUGAGGGAAGAGGAGGUGUACACCUGCAAAAAUGCAUAAACAAAUUUUGGAAAGAGAAAUGAAAAAUGAUCCAAUGAAGCAGUGGAAAACAUGAAAGAGACUGAACUCAAAUCUUUCAAGCGUAGUCCUCCGCAGAAUGUCACAUCAAAGCAUGUUUUUGAAAAUAUCAUUUAGGACUUGCAUGAUAUUUUGGGAGAAAAAACACUAUUGUACCACUAUGAUACUGUUGGUGUCUUGCUAUCAGCUUACUGUAGAUGAUGAUAUUUCCAAACUACUCUCCUUCUCCUUAGCUGGAUGCACUGAAAUCUCCCUUUUCUACAUAAUGGAAUCAAGCUCCUCAAACUAGGAACCACACUGGAGCAGUAUGAACUGUGAGCUCUGACACUGACUGUUUGAUGUGGUAUUUGUCCUCCCAUAUUUUACUAUUUAUUGCGCCACUUUCCGUGCCUCGUAUACUGCUGCUUUAUGCGUUAAAUCUUGUAAUCAAGUGUUGCCAAUAAGGCUGUUAAGGAGUUAAGAUGAAUCUACCUGCCUGUUUCUCUGACUGCUGUGGAGAACUUUUAAAGUUCUGUCCUGAGUAAAAGCACUUAAGUUGCUCUUGCUACAUAUUAUACAAAAUGAAUUGUUAAUACCUAGAUAGAAUCACUGGAAGCUUUACUGGUGGCUUACACCACUGAUAUAUUAUUACGUGCAUUUACAGGGUUAUCGUGUAAAGAAAGAAGGUGGGUGUUUUCAGUUGCUCUUAUGGAAAUGUCUAUGGAAAUCUCUACAUGUGCUGUGCAGGGAGAUUAACACACUGCUGGAAACGCUGACCACUCUCUUUGAAAUUCAGCUUAAUUUGGAAGCAUGCCAGUUCUGUUUUUCUAAUUGUAGGUAUUAACAGAAGUCUACAUUUUUCUAUACUUUCAAGUAUAAAAUUAACUCACCAGAAUAUUUGAAGUCCAAAUUAGCCCCAUCUUUGUUCUGCAUGCCUUUGAAGUGAAUCAGUCACGCUGCCUAUUUUCCCUAAUUGCUAAUCAAAGAAAAUGACCACGUUUACUCCCCCCUUUGCUUCUAACUCUGCGUCCAUGUGUGCAGGUUGAAAGUGCACACCGGACCCCUGAGUGUCUGUUUUUAUUGGGCUGUUUCAUGCUUUAUUGGACUGCCUCUGAACUGCAGAUGAGCAAUGAAUAUAACUCACAUCGGGGCUCCAGGCGUCUGACAAUGUGGAAUCGUAAUUUUUCUACCUCACUUCAACUUUUGGCAAAUAUCAGUAAGAUUUAUGAGCUAUGCAGAGUUUCUUCUCUGUAGAUACAUGUCUUUCCCUCUGCAUUUGGUUGAAAUAUAUUUUAGAUGUCUGUGCAGGUUUUGUGGAAUAAUGCGUAAUCAGUUUUCCUGUUUCUAUUUUGAAAGCUUGUUGCUUUACACUUUUUAUUUAAAACAAAUGAAAUUAAUAAAAAGACAAACAUUUGUAAGA